UUCUAAUCAUAAGAGUCGUUUAACGAAUGGUUGUCUAUGUAGUAUAACAUUACUUUUCGAUUUGUAGGCCGGUUUCCAAUUCCACAUGGUGUCUGUACGUUUAUUAUUUUUCUAAAGAAAGUCGCAAUUUUGUAGCAGAAUCAAAUAUCGUGAAUUAGUGCUGCGUGUUAAGUGACAAAGAAAAAAAGGAAGUCAUCGAGAGACAGUGGUUAUUUAUGAUCGGAUGGUAGCCAAAUUUUACCGAAACUGAUAAAAUAACAAAAAUCUUUAUUAUGUUACUGAACACAUGUGCGUUAGCGUCAUGUUCAUUCUGAAAUAAUCAAAGAAUUAUUUGCAAAGAAUUAUGUUAUUGAAUGCACAAGGGAAAGUUCCUCAAUGUUGACACAGAAUAAAAUUUGAAAAUGAACAAGUUAAGCAGCAUACCACCAAACUUGGAUCUGGAUGAUCCAAGGUUUCGAAUCAAGCCAUAUCAGCAAAUUGUUGCUUCUUGCACUGGCGCUUUUAUUACAUCACUUUUUGUUACUCCUUUGGAUGUUGUCAAGAUUAGGCUUCAAGCACAACAGAAAGCAAUGCUUUCAAACAAAUGUUUUCUUUAUUGUAAUGGUUUAAUGGAUCAUUUGUGUCCUUGCUUGAAUGGAAAGGGUCCGGUAUGGGCUAAAGGAAAUGGAAAAUUUAAUGGCACAGUGGAUGCUUUUAUGAAGAUUAGCAAGAAUGAAGGUAUAAUUUCACUGUGGAGUGGUUUAAGUCCUACUCUUGUUCUAGCAGUACCUGCAACUAUAGUAUAUUUUGUUUCAUAUGAACAAUUAAGAUUAUAUUUUAAGGAUCAUUAUAAUAACUAUAAAAAAGGAAUUACCAUGGGACAGCCAUUCUGGAUUCCUAUGAUGGCUGGAAGUAUAGCACGUAUUUGGGCUGCAACUUUAGUGAGCCCGUUAGAAUUAAUUAGAACAAAGAUGCAAUCUCAAAGAUUAAGUUAUGCAGAAAUUCUUCAAGCAUUGAAAACUGUUAUAAAAUAUAAUGGGAUCUCUGGCUUAUGGAUGGGUUUAACCAGUACUCUUCUACGUGACGUGCCAUUUAGUGCUAUUUAUUGGUUAAAUUACGAAACUAUAAAGCAAAAGUUUCACAAGACACAGCAGACUUUUACUUUUAAUUUCAUAGCAGGCGCUGUAGCGGGAUCUAUAGCUGCAUUUUUAACCAUACCAUUUGACGUUGUGAAGACACACAAACAGAUAGAAAUGGGUGAGAAAGAAAUUUAUUCAGAUAAACCUGGACGUAGUAGCGGAACGUGGGUCGUAAUACAAAAAAUUUACACGCAGAAUGGAGUAAGAGGAUUAUUUACAGGGUUAAUCCCGCGUAUAAUUAAAGUAGCUCCAGCUUGUGCGAUCAUGAUCGCGACGUUUGAACACGGGAAACGAUUCUUUCAAACGUACAAUGCUAACCAAAUACUUCAAUACGAAAGCGACCUGCAGCUUUUAAAGCACAAACGGAAAAGCGUAGAAUGACAUACAUGUGAUAUUCCAUGCGAUGAUACAUUAAAAAAGAAACAAAUAAAUUUUAUUUAAAACUU